ACACAAGAUAUAUUCAAGAUAUUAUACAAAAACCUCACAAAAGAUCUUGAAAAGAAAGAUGGCAGAUGAUUCUUCAGAACCACCACUUCUCAAUUCAAGGACUAGCACCAUGAAUCCAUACGAACUACUCGGAAUCGUUCACAACCCAGAUGCCGAUACUCUUGCGAGAAACUCCCCCAAUCCAAUCACCAACUCAAAUGAUGAUCCAGACACCAAAGACAUUGAUUUAAACCCCAAAAACAAAACCUGGAUCAGAAUUUUCAAACCAUCCCAGUCUCAAAAAACCGAGCUCCUUCCACUGAUAAUUUACUUUCAUGGAGGUGGGUUUAUUCGUUGUAAUGCAAACUCGACGAUAUUCCAUAACUUCUGCAAAUCCAUGGCGAAUCAGUUAUCGGCGGUAGUACUCUCCAUAGAGUAUCGUCUCGCACCAGAGAACCGACUACCGGCGGCUUACGAGGAUGCCGUGGAAUCUCUAAUUUGGGUUCAAAACCAAGCUUUGGAUACCAUAAAUGGUGAACCAUGGUUGAGAAAUUAUGUUGAUUUCUCCAAAUGUUUCAUUAUGGGGUGUAGUGCAGGUGGAAACAUUGCUUAUAAUUCCUGUUUAAGAGCAUCUGAAUUGGAUUUAGAACCAAUAAAGAUUUGUGGGUUAAUAUUGAACCAACCAUAUUUUGGUGGAGUAGAAAGAAGUAAAUCUGAAUUGAGAUUGGUUAAUGAUAUGAAAUUGCCAUUAGUUGUUAAUGAUUUGUUGUGGGAAUUAGGAUUACCAGUUGGAGUCAAUAGAGAUCAUGUUUAUUGUAAUCCAUUUGUUGAUGAGAAUUUGGAAAGAAAAUUAAGGUUGAUAAGGAGAUGUCUAGUUACUUGCAGUAAUGAAGAUCCCUUGGUUGAUAGGGAUAUUCAGUUUGUCAAGAUGUUAGAAGAAAAAGGUUUGAAAGUUAUGAGUUGGAUUGAGGAAUUUGGGUUUCAUGGAAUGGCACAUUCUGAUCCAGUGAAAGCUCAAGAAUUGCUUAAAGUUGUUAAAGAUUUUAUCUUCUCUGAAGAUUGAGUUUACUGUUGUGUUGUACUUCUAUUGCUGCUUGGGGAGCUAUAAUGAAAUGGUGGUAUAUCUACA